AUGGAGUACUUCAAGAAUCACAUGACGAUGAAAAUCGGCUCCUGCGCGGAGGCCAACAAGCUGGGCAACGGCAGCUACGUCAAGUCCGACAGUUCCAAAGCUGGCGGUCACUCCUGGCGCAUCGCCUUCUUCCCCAACGGCAGGCUCGCCGGCACCACCGCAUCCAUGUCCCUCUUCCUCCUGCUCGACGACGACGACGACAACGACAACGCCAAAGGCGCCAGAACUGCCACCGCCGCCGCAGCCGACGGGGACGUCGUCCACGUGAAGUUCAGGUUCAUGAUGCACGAGGUGUACGACGACAGGUCGCCGGUUUUCAUGUCUGGCACGGUCGCCACGGCCGCCUUCAGCAGGCGGAGCAACGCGCACGGCUUCGAGCGCUUCGUCUCGCGCGACGACUUCGAGAAGACGGCGCUUUUCAAGAGAGAUCGCUUCGCGAUCCAGUGCCGCCUCACCGUCUUUCCCGCCGGCAGUAAACGGGCCGCCGUCCAGAUGUCGCGCUCCGUCCGGCCGGAUCCAUCAGUCGUGCAGGCGCCGCCGCCGUCACCUGCCUCGCCGAAACCAUCUGUAGUGCGAGCGCCACCGCCGACGCCGACGGUGCCGCCGCCGGCGCCGGCUGCCUCACCGAAACCACCGGUGGUGACAGCAGCACCGCCGUCGCCGGAAUCUGCCUCGCCGCCGGCACCAUCUGCCGCAAUGUCGAGUGCGCCGCCGCCACCGUCUGUCCGACCAGAACAAGUCGUCGCAGGGGUGAGUGGAUCGCCAGCAUCUUUCCCGGCGAGACAGAGGCCCAGGGCGCCGCCGCUCUCUGGGCUGCCGGCCGACCUUGGCCGCCUCCUAGCGACAAAGGAAGGGGCAGACGUGGAACUGGAGGUGCAGGGCAAGGUGUUCGCUGCGCACAAGUCCGUGCUCGCCGCCCGAUCGCCGGUUUUCAUGGAGGAACUCUUCGGACCAGCGAAGGAGGAGGACACCAGCUACGUGCGCAUCAUGCCCGACAUGAGUCCAGAGGCGUUCGAGGCUCUGCUGCACUACGUGUACACCGACACGUUGCCGCCGGAGAUGGCCAUGGCCAUGGCCUCGCUGGAAGAAGGCGUGGUGCUAGCUGAGGGUUUGCUUGCCGCCGCGGAUCGAUAUGAGCUGAAAGAUCUGAAGCUGCUGACUGAGCAGAAGAUGUGCAAUCAUGUCGGCGUGAGCACGGUCUUGCCAUUGUUGGCGCUAGCGGAGCACUACCAGUGCUGCAAGCUUAAGAAGAUGUGUCUAGGGUUCAUCAGUUCUUGUGGGAACACAAGGUUGGUGGUCAUGGCGACCAAUGACCUCGAGAUUCUAGCGAGGAGCAGCCCGUCUGUCAUCAAGGAUGUAAUCACCGAGAUUUUGGAUGCAAGGGAGGAAAGGAGGAGGCGUCUCAUCAAUUUCUGUAUUUUUGCUUUCAGUUUCAUCUUGCCAUUCUUAUUGUUUGCCAUUUUUUCUUGA